AUCGGCUCAGUAGUUGAGACUCUCAGGCUCCAGAGCACAGGCUCAAUAGUUGUGGUGCCUGGGCUUAGUUGUUCUGUGGUAUUUGGGAUCUUCCUGGAUGAGGGAUUGAACCCGUGUCUCCUACACUGAUAGGUGGAUUCUUGUCCACUGCGCCAUCCAGGAAUCCCUCUCCAGGCUUUUUGUCUCUCUUUUUCUUUCUAUAUUUAUUUGCAAAAGGGUAAGAACCUCUUGUAUGUGCUUCAUCCUCUGUAUUUUUUAAAUAUAGAAUGGAAGUGAAGAUUUUUCUGCUUUCUGUUAGUUUUGCUGCUCCUGUGUUGCUGUUUUUGUCCUGUCUUAUGUAUUAAACAGCUGUUUUCUUCCUCUGCUAGGGACCUGCAUAGAAUCACAUACAGAUCAAUGUCACCAAGGUUAUAGAAACCAAGUAAAAUCUUGAUAGUAUACACUCAACAGCGGCACUCAGAUUUUUAAAGAGUUGUUUAAAGACAAAUCAACCAUUUGAACUAAUGAUGAAUUUUCAUCAGCAGUUGAAAUUGUUGCUGAGAUAAAAGGUAAGUCUUGAAAACAAAGGACUGCUUCAAGCCAGCUGGCCAUCCCCCUGUCUCUGCAGGGGGAGCUUCCCUAUGGCCCGCUUCAAGCCUGGACACCAAGUUUGGGCUCCUCCACAGGCCAGCUGUCCACCUUAGGCUGAUGUGCACUCUCAGUAAGAGAGCCUGCAUCUGGGCCAGGGUGAGGUGGCCUGCUAGAGGCCAGCCAGCUGGGGAGCAGGACCUCAGCUGGUUCUUGGGUGUGUAAUCUAUACCCAGCUUGGACUCCGCUCUUCAGCUGUCAGUUUGUACGAUGGUUUCUGUCUGGACAUGUGGUUCUGGGAAGGGGCUUAGAAACAGAAAUAGCAUCUUCCUCUGGGUGGGCACCUGCCAACUUACAUGGAAGAGAGAGGCAUGGAGAAGGCAAAAUAGCAGCAUCUCCUUGUUCAGGGACAACCGAGGAGCUGAGCUAAGGUCCCUGCUCAGGAGUGUCACCACAAAAAGAGGACCAUGAUGUCUGAAAGCUCUUCCUGCCCUUUUCUGGCAAUCCUCAGUAGCAGUCAACCGAUUCUGAAGUCUUUGCUUACGGUGACUGAAGGAGCAUCAUGGUUCUUUUGAAGGAAAUUUUUUCCUGCAAUCCUCACGUUAGUGAGCAUUCAGAUUUUGAAUGUUUUCUUUUUACCUUUUCCAGUAAUGCAGGAAAUUUAUUUCUAGUAGCAAAGAUCAUCAACUAGCAAUUACAUUAAGUCUUUAUGAAAGUUGCUGUUGUUUAGUCGCUCAGUCGUGUCCGACUCUUCGUGACCCCAUGGACCUAGCCCACCAGGCUCCUCUGUCCAUGGGAUUCUCUAGACAAGAAUAUUGGAGUGGGUUGCCAUUUCCUUUUCCAGGGGAUCUUCCUGACCCAGGGAUCAAACCUGAGUCUCUUGCACUGGCAGACAGAUUCUUCACUGCUGAGCCAUCAGGGAAGCCUUAUGAAAGUUAAUGAUAGUUAAUUCUUUGUUGUGCCUGGGAUUAGUGAUAAGAGUUGCCAGUUCCCUAUAUCUGACUGUUGUCUCUUGGGAUUCAAAAUUACUCUUAGGAAGGUGUAUCCAUGUGGAGGGUAGUUUUAGAAUUCUGUUUUUAAUUUUUUUUAAUUGAUCAUCUUUGAACAGAUACAACAAUGUGGCAAGAAUUAUGCUUGGAUAAUCUGGUUGACAGGAGAAUUGGUUAUUUCAGUGUGAUUUGCCAUAACAGGUCUGCUUAAAGAAUAUGAAAGAAAUAAAAUGACAAAGCGGUUUUAAGACUAAGAAAAUUUCCAUAUUUUGGAGAGGACAUAAAAAGUAUGUAGAUAAAGUCUUGAUGAUUUUCAGGUUGAGGAUGUCUAAGAGUAAGUGCCAGCACUCUCUGUUUUCUUAUAGAGACUACCACACGAGAAGGGACACCUUAGCAGGUGGAUUAAUACUUUAUUUUUGAAAGGUUUUGGGUAAAUUGUGCUAUGGUAAAAGGAACCCUUGACUGAGUGUCAGGACCCAGAAUUCGCCAGAGUUUUGCCACUAUUCACAAGACCUUUGGAUCCUCGUGUGAACUUCUGAUUCUCAGUUUCCUUAUCUGUAAAAUGGGGAAGGAGUGGGCAACACAUCUUUCAUUCUAAAUUCUCUUAGCAUCUAAUGUUCCUUUUCUCAGAUGUUUCCUUGGGAGGGAGGGGCAGAUGCGGAGCUUCUCAAUAGGCCUCCUUUUGGGGGGAAAUAAAUCUUAAUUUCUUGUUCAUCUUAAAUGGUAUAUAUAUUAGAACUGCAGAAGCAGAAUUCUUUGGGGACCCUCCAGCCCUUCCCUUAAUGGAAUGAAGGCUUAAACUGAGCCCAAGGCUGCCGAGUGCCUGAGGUGGGUGCUGUGUCUGUUCAGAGUGAAGGCUCACCAAGUGUCUGUUGACUGAAUUAAUAAAGAGGUAUCUCUGGAGCUUUUGUAAAUCUGCCUUGUGUGGUAUCCAGCAGAGGGAAAGGCCUAAUCCCUUCUCGUAAGAAGUUUCUAAUCUUUGUGAAGACAAGCUGUAAAUGCAUGUUCCUUUCAGUCGUUUUACAGGAGCUAUGUUUAUAAGGCCAUAUAGGAUGAAUUGUCAAGUGGUUGAUACAGGCAGUAACUGCUUAAGAGUUCAGACUAGAGGGGAGGGAGGUGGAGCCAGUCAGGGAAGACCUCAUGAGUGAAUUUCAGGGUCUAUUCUUGGAAGAAUCCAGGUGCUGCUGACAGAAAUAGCAAAAUCAGAAGGGAAGCCUGGCUUGAAAGGAAGAAUAGGCACUUGGUUUGGAGUGCAGACAUCCCAGCGAGAAGGACGGAGCACCUCCGUUUCACGCGUGGAGUUUGGACGUCAGCUGUAACUUGCAGUUUGAGAAGUUUCAGUUUCUGCCGUGACCUCAUGCUGCUGAUGGGCUCCUGACCACCAGUGAAUUUUCUAUCCCAGGCGAGAAACAAACCCAACAGCUCCACUUGUCCGUCACCUGAACUUAUUAAAAUUCCGAGGGACAUGUGUUAUUUAAGAUUUCUUUAUGUCUGUUUGGAACUAAAUAAUUCAUGCUGGCAAGCAUUUCAUUUACAACAGAGAGGGAGCAUGUUCUGGUGGGAGGGAGAAUAAAAGAGCCUUUGAUUCAUUUGCCUCAGGGUUCCCGCGGGAGGGCCCAGGCUGCCUUGGGCUAGCGUCUUAUUUUGGACUUUGGAAGCCAUCUUAGCUCAGCUGUGUGAGUGCCAGCCAGCGUUGGAGGAAAAGAGAAUAACCCCAUUGGAUCACACGAACCCCCCUCCUGACUGUGGAUGGAAGGGUUUCUCCCAUUUCACAUUCCUUGCAUUAAUAUGGUGGCUCACUUCCCCCAAGUGAGAGCUCCAUCUGAAUCUGCCACUUGAACUUGGAUUGAAGUCACAAGGCUUCAGUGCCUCUCUCUCAGUCCACGAAUGUACAGGAAACUUAUCGAGACCCAGGUCUCUUUCUGCUCCCCCUCUUAGGCAACAGGCAUAAAUAAAAUCAGCUUUCUUUUCUUCUUUAGAUUACUCUUGGGGAAAAGUGGCUCAUUAUAUCAUGGGUUUCCGCGAUCCUUAAAUAAGUAGCCUCUUCAUUUGCCAACGCUGGGGGAGCCCUAAUGCAGUGGAGAUGAAGAUGCAGGCCUGUGGAGUUACUGGAGAAAGGCAUUUUAGGAACUGGAAAACUUUUUCCCAUUCUAGGCUUGUCUGUGUGAGCACCUCACCUCCUACAAGAAUGCAUUAACUGGAAAAGAAUCUUGUAUAUUUUAAGCAAUUCUUUUAUUCAUGGAAGCAAAAUGCUCCUUUACUGAAAAAUUCUCAUUGCUGAAUGCAUAUAAAGUAGAACCCAAUAGCUUUUGACCCUCCCACAGCCUGCUAUUAAAAAAAAAAAAAAGUUAAGACUCUGCACACCGAAAUGCAUGCUUGGUCGUUAUCUGGGUUACAUUAGCCCUUGAAGCAUUCUGAUUACAACUUGUAGCUGCCAAGCCCUGUCCUGCAGUGUUAUCUGGUACAAAAAUUUUCCAUGUGGUUGUUUUUAGCAGAGCUACUAUAUGCAAACUGCAUGUGAAGAUGUGAAUUGCAAAGAAAUAGAGCUUCUAGGAGGGGAAAUGCAUGGAAGAGGAGAUGGUUUGUGUUACGCAGUGGCCGUUUAACUGGAGACCCAGAUGUCUUGGAAUAUUACAAAAAUGAUCACGCCAAGAAGCCUAUCCGUAUUAUUGAUUUAAAUUUAUGUCAGCAAGUUGAUGCUGGAUUGACAUUUAACAAAAAAGAGUUUGAAAACAGCUACAUUUUUGAUAUCAACACCAUUGACCGGAUUUUCUACUUGGUAGCCGACAGCGAGGAGGAGAUGAAUAAGUGGGUUCGUUGUAUUUGUGACAUCUGUGGGUUUAAUCCUACAGAAGAAGAUCCUGUGAAAGCACCUGGCAGCUCCUUACAGGCACCAGCCGAUUUACCAUUGGCGAUAAGCACCGCACCACCGUCCUCCCAGGUGGGUGCCUCUGCUGCUGCUGCCCCGCCUCCCUAUCAGCUCAUCAGCCUUCCACCACACCUGGAAACCCUUGGCAUCCAGGAGGAUCCUCAAGACUACCUCUUGCUAAUCAACUGUCAAAGCAAGAAGCCUGAACCCACCAGCCAAGGGUCAUCUUUUGUUUCUGAAGAAGGAGAGGAAUACCUACUGCUAGAAGAUUUUGAAAGCAAAACGAUUCCAUUGCAAACGCACGCUGAUUCUGCAAAAUCCACCUCUUCGGAAACCGACUGCAAUGAUAACGUCCCUUCUCAUAAAAACCCCGCUUCCUCCCAGAGCAAACAUGGAGUGAACGGCUUUUUCCAGCAGCACAUGAUGUACGACUCGCCACCGUCUCGCGCUGCAUCCCUCUCCGUAGACUCCAGCCUUUACAACCUGCCCCGCAGUUACUCCCACGACGUUUUACCAAAGGUGUCUCCAUCGAGUACCGAAGCAGACGGAGAACUGUAUGUUUUUAACACCCCGUCUGGGACCUCGAGCGUGGAGCCUCAAAUGAGGCAUGUAUCUAUUAGUUAUGACAUUCCUCCAACACCUGGUAAUACUUACCAGAUUCCACGAACAUUUCCAGAAGGCACCUUGGGGCAGACGUCAAAGCUAGACACUAUUCCAGAUAUUCCUCCACCUCGGCCACCGAAACCGCAUCCGGCUCAUGACCGAUCUCCUGUGGACACGUGUAGCAUCACACGCACGGCCUCGGACACUGACAGCAGUUACUGUAUCCCAACAGCUGGGCUGCCGCCCUCACGUAGCAAUACCAUUUCCACUGUGGACCUGAACAAAUUGCGAAAAGAUGCUAGUUCUCAAGACUGCUAUGAUACUCCACGAACAUUUCCAAGUGAUAGAUCUAGUUCACUCGAAGGCUUCCACAACCAUUUUAAAAUCAAAAACAUAUUGACAGCGGGAAGUGUAUCAAGUGAAGAACUGGAUGAAAAUUACGUGCCCAUGAAUCCCAACUCUCCACCACGACAACAUUCCAGCAGUUUCACAGAACCAAUUCAGGAAGCAAAUUAUGUUCCAAUGACUCCAGGGACAUUUGACUUUUCUUCAUUUGGAAUGCAAGUGCCUCCUCCCGCUCAUAUGGGCUUCAGGUCCAGCCCCAAGACCCCUCCCAGAAGGCCAGUUCCUGUUGCAGACUGUGAACCACCCCCUGUGGAUCGGAACCUCAAACCAGACAGAAAAGGUCAAAGUCCUAAAAUUUUAAGACCCAAACCCCAUGGUUUAGAGCGAACUGAUUCACAAACCAUAGGUGACUUUGCUACAAGAAGAAAGGUCAAGCCAGCACCUUUAGAAAUAAAACCUUUGCCAGAAUGGGAAGAAUUACAAGCCCCGGUUAGAUCUCCCAUCACUAGGAGUUUUGCUCGAGACUCCUCCAGGUUCCCCCUGUCUCCCCGGCCGGAUUCUGUGCACAGCACAACUUCAAGCAGCGACUCGCACGACAGUGAAGAGAAUUACGUUCCCAUGAACCCCAACCUAUCCAGUGAAGACUCCAAUCUUUUUGGCAGUAAUAGUCUUGAUGGAGGAAACAGCCCAAUGAUCAAGCCCAAAGGAGACAAACAAGUGGAAUACCUAGAUCUAGAUUUAGAUUCUGGGAAAUCCACACCACCACGUAAGCAAAAGAGCAGCGGCUCAGGCAGCAGUGUAGCGGACGAGAGAGUGGACUAUGUGGUGGUUGACCAACAGAAGACCCUCGCUCUGAAAAGCACCCGGGAAGCCUGGACCGAUGGAAGGCAAUCCACAGAGUCCGAAACACCAGCCAAGAAUGUGAAAUGAAAAGACUGCUUUAAUGUGUCUGAACGAAAGAGGACUGAACUGUAAAGAGAAAUCCUGCUUGACCCGAGAUAACUUGACCCUUCUACUCUAGGUAGAUCCUCAACUAAGUCGAGUCAGAGUCGGAGGACCUUCCAGGCUUCAUCAAGCUGUCAAGACUGUAAAUGGUGCUUUGUGGUAUCGGAACAAUUCAUCACAUGUAAAUAAUGUGGGAAAAUACUAUUGUUUGGUUCCCAGAGAAACAUUUGUUCUGUAGUUAACACACUUGUAGUAUUACUGUAUUUAUGCACUUUUUCAUCUGAAGCGUUGGUUUGGGUAUUCCCAAAUGGACCUUAACACGAUUCUGUUGGGAAUUCUUGUUUUUUCCUCAAGAACGAUGCUGAGUAACUAAGCUACUUUCCCAUUGAGAAAUCGCUGUCUGACCUGCAGGAUAACAACAUGGCAUGAGAAGCACGUUCGCAGUCUGCCAUUCUACCUGAAACUUCACGGGGUGAUCGUUAGCUUAAAAUACACAGUGGAGUUGGACUCAUCAUUCACUGCCUUUCAAAGUGCUGAACAUCAUGUCCAUACUGGCAUCAGGACUUAGUUCCCUGGUUCGUGGACAUUUAGUUUUCAAUGGUGGAACCUUGUUAUAGUUUGUUAAUUACAGUGUUUUGGGUUCAUUGAGUGAAGAUUCUGCCGGGUGGGAUCUUACACCUUGGAAAGAGUGAAUAAUGACACUAUCAAGUAAGCGUAUAAAUCACUGAUGGCAUGCGGUGAGGAUGUGCUCUCACGCUUGUUACCAUGUAUUAAAAUUUACGUUAUUUGCAAAGUGUAGAUUAUACAGCUAAUCAGGUACGUACCAGGCACUGAUGUGCUAAUACACUGAUCAGGUUUAUACAACGAGCUUUAGUUGUGUUCUAGUUAAUCCUCUAACGUUGUUGGUUUCCAGUUUGGAAUUAAUGACACAGUUGAUAUUCACUGUUAGUUAUAGCAACAUACUGUGACUUUUAAUUAGACAGUCAUGCAGAUUUAUUGCUCUAAGAAUGAAAUUCUGUCUUUUGACACCAUAGUGCCCUUUCUAUGGUUUUUAAAAAAACUUUACUUAAUAUUCUUCUUGGCCUUAUCCUAUUUAAAUCCCUAUGCAAUUAAUGUUUUAUAUCUGCGUUGUUUUUUUUAAUAGAUGUUAUAUAAGUGAUUCUCAUAUGUAGCACCUAUUGCUUUUCCAGUAAAAAAAAAAAUUAACGAUUUUGUACUGUGAUUUAUAUUCACUGCCCCAAUUCAAGAAAUAGUGGAGCCUUGCUAUAAUGUGAAAUCUUAUAGCCAUGGACUUCUUCCAACUAGAUUUCUGAAACCACCAGAGGUAUCAUAUAAUUCUGUCUCACCUAUAACAUGGUCCUAUGACGUGGAUAUCAAGAUCACACAUUAUAUAUAGUGAGGCUAUAAUUUAUCUGUCUUGGCUUUGCAAUGUAAUUUAGAAAGCAGAUAUAGUUGUUGGUUUGAUUGGGUUUUAAGUACGUUACAUACAAUCUGUUAUGUACUGAUUUGAGACUUUCUAACAGUUUUUGGAGGGGGCAUAGAGAUUGGAGAGCCUAGAGCUGAGUCACGUUCCCCCAUCCCACUUCAGACCUCUAACUGUUGCCUGAGAACACAGAUGUGCCCUGAUUUCUGGCCCCGUGGCCACUGUCCUGUGCCUGACUUAUGUAAUGGGUUUAUGUCCCCUCCAUGAACUAAAAAAUCGUUCAUAACAAGAUGAAUUGUAGACGAAUAACAUUUGAUGCUUUUAAAUGUUUGCUUAUUUUUAAACAGAAACUAAACCGAGAACUGAAUUUUGAGGUGGGUUUUUAAAUAAAAAAGAUUGUUUGA